CUCCACUCGGAAGUGUUGUCUUCCCCCUGCUCGUUUGACUGUCGUGGCUGGGUGAUGAUUUGCUUACUUGGAGCAGGACUGAGUUUGGAGCGGGUACUGUGAAAUGUGUAACCAUGAUGUUGCCUGGGUAAUCAGCGGAGGACGUUAGGAGACAGAGCCACAGACCCUACAACCAGCUGAAGGCAAGGGAAGCAGGCAGGACAGCCACACCUCAUGCGCGGGCUCAGCAAAGGUCCGAGUGGAUACGGGUCAGACAAACAUGGGUGUGCUCCAGCUCCACAACCCCACUCACCCCAGCACUCUUCUGCAGCGGGCCAAUCAGAUGCGUCUGACCGGCACCUUAUGUGAUGUCAUCAUCACAGUGGACGGCCAGGAGUUCCCGGCUCACCGCACCGUCCUGGCCUGCACCAGCAAAAUGUUCGAGAUCUUGUUCCACCGCAGCAGCUUACGCUACGCCCUGGACUUCCUGUCCCCCAAGACCUUCCAGCAGAUCCUAGAGUACGCCUACACUGCCUCGCUCCAGGCCACAGCUGAGGACCUGGAUGACCUGCUGUAUGCCGCUGAAAUCCUGGAGAUAGAGUACCUGGAGGAGCAGUGCCUGAAGGUGCUGGAGACCAUCCAGGCGGAGGAGACAGAGGAGGUGACGGUGAGGAACCACAGCUCCGGAGACCACAGUGACCACAGUCGGGCCAGGCACUGGAGGCACAUGUUGAUGUCCAAGAAGCAUUCCAUACAGGAUGGACCCAACCGCAUCACUCCCACAGCUCUGCACCACCUGGCACUGUACCACAUGACGGAGGGGAGCUCUCCUGGCCCAGAGACCGAGGCGGCUCCUGAAUUGAGCCCCAAGGUGGACACGGAGGUCAACAUGGAAAGUUCCCAGCAGCCUCAGCACCACAGUGAAGAGCUAUCCCAGGCUUCAUCCCUGACUCCUGGCAGAAGUAUAAAAUCAGAGAGCAUGCAGGUGGAUGAUGCCAACGGCUGCGAGGGCAGGUCCUCGAGCACCGGGGAGGGAAGCUGCAUGUCAGACCAGCCCAGAGACGAGGGCCCGGGGACGCCCCUCAGAAGCAGCGUGAUCACCAGCGCUCGAGAACUGCACACAAGCCCCGAAGACGGAGGACAAGUGGUGGGGAACUCUCUCGACUCUGUCCCUGGCAUCUCCGAGAAACAUCUGGCUUCCAUAUACUCUGUGCCCUCCAACCACACAGGGGAGGGGAUGCUGCCAGUGUCCGUUUCAGUGGCCCCGUCCCUGGGCGUGCCGCUGGACCCGAGGGCCUACAGUGGCCUGCUGCACCAAGGCUUGCUGCACAGGGAGCUCCUCAGCAGGCUGGGCCAGUUUGCAGCUGGGAUGAGGCACGAGGGCCAGGCUCAAGGCCAGCAGUGUUGUGGCGAGUGUGGGCUUCAGCUGCACAGCAGGCAGGCCAUGGAGCAGCACAGGAGGCUGCAUAACGAGGAGAAAGGCCACGGCUGUGAAUACUGUGGCAAACACUUCCAGGACAGCAUGCGGCUAAGGAUGCACAUGCUGUCUCACACAGCUCCUGCAGAGGCGCUGGUGUGUGAUCAGUGUGGAGCAACAUUCUCCUCAGAGGAUGCUCUGGAAGCCCACAGGCAAACACACACAGGGACUGACAUGGCGGUGUUCUGUCUGCUGUGUGCAAAGCGCUUCCAGACCCAGAAGGCCCUGCAGCAGCACAUGGAGGUCCAUGCAGGCAUGCACAGCUACAUCUGUAGCCACUGUGAGCGCCCCUUCCCCAGCCACACUACCCUCAAAAGACACUUGCGCUCGCACACUGGCGAUCACCCGUUUGAGUGUGAAUUCUGCGGGAGCUGUUUCAGAGACGACGGCACGCUGAGGGGCCAUAAACGCAUCCACACAGGAGAGAAGCCUUACGAGUGCAACGGCUGUGGGAAGAGGUUCAGCCUCAAACACCAGCUAGAAACACACUACCGUGUACAUACAGGUGAGAAGCCAUUCGAGUGUAAGCUGUGUCACCAACGGUCCAGAGACUACUCAGCUAUGAUCAAGCACCUGCGCACUCACAACGGAGCGUCUCCGUACCAGUGCACCAUCUGCCAGGACUUCUGCCCGAGCCUGGCCGCCAUGCAGAAGCACAUGAAGGGCCACAAACCGGAGGAUGUGCCGGCGGACUGGAGGAUAGAAAAGACUUACCUGUACGUCUGUUACGUCUGAGCAGGACUUGGACCCCCACGCACACACACUGUCACUGUUGGGUGAAAAUCUCGUAACUCCAGUGUUGCUGUUUUUUCAUGCUGAAAGAUUACAUGUCUCUCUAUGGGUUUAAAAAAAAAAAAAAAGAAAAAAAAAGUCAGACUCUUUUUGGAUAAACUGAAAAAAGCAUUGUGGGAAGUUGUCAUUCUGGGAGAUACAAGGUUUUUACCUGACAACAGAGACAUGCAAGCACGAAUACAAAUUUGUGGUCACACUAGGGCUGCAACUCGUGAUGAGUUUCAAUAUCAAUUAGAUUAUUUUUACUACUAAGUGAGAAAAUAUUAAGCCUGAAAAAUGUCAGAAAAGUUUUCACAUGUAGUUACAGCCAGUAACUAACAAUCCAGUCGGAAAAGAUUCAGUUUACAACAAUAUAAAACUGAGAAAAGCAGCAAAUUCUCACAUUUUGAAUAUUUAGCAUUUUGCCCCUGAAAAACAAGUAAAACCUUGUUUGCAUGGGACUAGUGUUACCUGAGGACCUCAUGUGACUGAGAAAUUACCCGCCUACAUCUGUGUUUCCUGCAGCACGUUCACACGGGAUAAGCAAAGUCUGUAUUUAACCUGAAUUUACCGACAUAAUCCCACGGUUAUGAUGCGCACAGUCAUUUGUAACUCCACUCUACACUACACAGAAACACCACACAGCACCAGUCGUGUUAAACUCCCUUUUUUGUAAUGUAGGUCAGACAAACCGAACCGAUACUGCCACACAUUAUCACAAGUCAUCCAUCUCAUCAUCUUUUCAGAUUUGGCUCUAAUGAUAGAUUUGAGCUUUCUUCAAACGGGUCUCCAUGCUGUAGCGAGAUGAGCCUGAUGCACCUAAAUGCCGUCAAGACUUUCAUUUGUAACUGCCAACUCAGUCUCUGAAUUUUCAACCAGGAAAAAGGAAGAAACUAAGCAAGCAAACCUAAAUAUGACCCCAAAUCGCAUGGGACUAAUAUUGUGUUUGGCAAAAUGUACAGUGUAGGGUAAUAUGGUAGGUAAUUUGCAGUGGAUUGUUAUUUGACAAAUUAUGGACAUGGCAGAUUUGCAUGAGAUUAAGAGCGCAGACGACCUCCGCCAUUAUUACAUAUUACCAGAUGUCCCCCAGGUAAUGCUAGUCCCAUGCGAACAGGGCUUUAGUCCCAAAACUGUCGGCAAUAAGUUUCCCGCCGACUUAAGGUUUCAGCCCUAGUGCACACAAUCACACACAGAUACACUCUCUCCCUCCCUCACACAUACAGUUAUGAUAAUAACUGUGUCUCUAAUGGAAGCACUGUGGUUCAAAUCAAAGCCACAACGGCUGCGACUGCUGACCUGUACGUGUCGUAGGAGCUUUUUGAUUGAUUGAUUGCUAAACCACCAAGCAACCCGAGUCAUCUUCUAUGAUUGUGCAGUAGAUGUUGAAAAUAAUUCCACGAAGGCUUGAUUGGCUGAACUCUGCAACAUUUUCUCUCCCCUAAAUUCCUGUGACUUCUCAGUUUUUUGUUGUUGUUUUUUUUUGUUCUGCUGUUGGAAUUUAUUUUGGAGUUGUUUAUUUUCUGCAUGUUUUACUUGAAUGGCUGCCACGUUUUGACCUCAUAAGCUUGAUCUCUUUAAUUGCCUUGUCUUUCUUGCAGUGGGUGUUAUUGUUUCGAGGUAGCUGGCUUACAAUUUGAGUUUCUCUCGCAAUGUAAUAGGUUUUGCUAUUUAUAUGUUGUUUAUUUGUUACCAAAUAUGUGCUGGUUUUCAUCACACAGUCGGCGUCUCUUGGGAUGAUUUCUAGUAGAGCGAGCUCUACCUCUCCUCACUUUUAAACCUACUGCAAAUUAUUCAUUCAUCAGUAGUUUUAAUUUUCUAACAGAUACAUCAUAAUUUAAAUGGACAAGCAGUGUGUAAAAAAAACAGCCUCAACAUGGCUUUUGUGUGUAGUUUUUUAUCAGUAACUAUAUAUAGAUGUCUUAUAAAAUCACAGAAUCAGAAUUUUCUAGGAGAAAAUUGAAGAAAACAUGAGAAUAAGUCAUUGAUUUUCCUUUCUUUUUUUUUUUCUUUCUUUUUUUUUUUU